CCUCAUCCAUCAUUCUCAUAAGUAGAGUGCAUCAUUCAAGCCAAGCAAGCAGUGGUCAAUACAAAUCCACCAUGAAGACCUUUCUCAUCCUUGCCCUCCUUGCUAUCAUGGCGACCACCACCACAACUGCAGUUAGAGUUCCAGUGCCACAAUUGCAGCCACAAAAUCCAUCUCAGCAACAACCACAAGAGCAAGUUCCAUUGGUGCAACAACAACAAUUUCUAGGGCAGCAACAACAACAAUUUCCAGGGCAACAACAACCAUUUCCACCACAACAGCCAUAUCCGCAGCCGCAACCAUUUCUGCCACAACUACCAUAUCCGCAGCCGCAACCAUUUCCACCACAACAAUCAUAUCCACAACCACAACCACAAUAUCCGCAACCACAACAACCAAUUUCGCAGCAACAAGCACAACUACAACAACAACAACAACAACAACAACAACAACAACAACAACAACAACAACAACAACAACAACAACAACAACAACAACAACAACAACCGUCGAGCCAGGUCUCCUACCAGCAGCCUCAGCAACAAUAUCCAUCAGGCCAGGGCUUCUUCCAGCCAUCUCAGCAAAACCCACAGGCCCAGGGCUUUGUCCAACCUCAGCAACUGCCGCAGUUCCAGGAAAUAAGGAACCUAGCGCUGCAGACGCUACCAGCAAUGUGCAAUGUCUACAUCCCUCCAUAUUGCUCGACCACCAUUGCGCCAUUUGGCAUCAUGAGUACUAACUGAGAAGAGAAGAACUCUAUUACUAGAUAUAUGAAACACCGUUUUCUUAAAACAUGGUUUGGUCGUUGUAGCGGUGAAAAAUAAAGUGACAUGCACUAUCAUGUAAGAACCCGAACUAGACUAUUUCAAACUUGGAAAUAAAAGACAAACACAGGUCUUGUCUGCA